AUGACACAGACCACAAACGGCUCCAAGAAUGGAGAUCUUCCCACCGUGAAAAGCCCGGCAUCUCUUGCUCAUGUUUUGCUGAAAACGACCAAGUUGGAUGAGAUGAUCGAUUUCUACGUCCAAUUCACAGGAGGGAAAGUCGCCUUCCGCGGGAAGAGCAUGGCUUUCAUUGCAUACGACGAGGAACAUCACCGCAUCGCACUCGGAGCGAUGCCAAACACCACGCCCAAAGAUCACCGUAGCAGCGGCCUCGAGCACAUUGCUUUUACCUACGACAAUUUGGACGACCUCGUACUCUCCUACGAACAACGAAAGAAACUCGGGAUGCACCCGAUCUGGUGCGUCAAUCACGGUCCAACCACGUCCAUCUACUACCAGGACCCCGAUGGCAACCACCUUGAGACCCAGGUCGACAACUUCGAUACCGCAGAAGAGACUACGGAGUACAUGAUGUUGCCGGAGUUUGCCGAGAAUUCAGUCGGGUUCGACUUCGAUCCUGAAGACCUAGCGGCCCGUGUGCGCAGCGGCGAGGACCAUAAAUCCAUCAAAAGACGGAUCGGCUCAGGCCCAAGGCCAAAUCCCCCUUACCCAUCACUUCAUAAAUAG